AUUUCCCGGCAGCCCCGCGUGCGGCUCGUACCGAGGGGCCGGGCCGGGCUCCCCAGCCCGGCGGGAGGAGCCGCCCGCUCGCUCCGGAGCCAGGGCCCGCUGCGGCCGCCGCCCCCUGCCCUGCUGCCCGCCCGCCAUGGAGCGCUUCGUGCGGAGCCGCCGGGCCGCCCUGCAGGAGCAUGUCCAGCACAGGCAGGAAGUCCACGUGGUGCUGGGGAAUGAAGCCUGCGAUCUGGACUCCAUGGUGUCGGCGCUUGCCCUGGCUUAUUACCUGGCAAAGACCUCUCUGGAGUCCAGGGCGGCAUUCGUCCCUGUGCUGAACAUCCCCCGCUCGGAGUUCCCCUUGCGCACAGAGAGCGCCUUCCUCCUGCAGGAGCAGCAGAUCCCCGACAGCUGCCUGAUCUUCCGGGAUGAGAUCGACCUGCAUGCGCUGCACCGGGCUGGCCUUCUCUCCUUGACGCUGGUUGACCACCACAUCCUGCCGAGCGGAGAUGCAGCCCUGGAGGAGGCCGUGAUCGAGGUGAUCGACCAUCGGCCCCUGGAGAGGGAGCCUCGGUGCAGAGUCACCGCGGAGCUGGUGGGCUCCUGCGCCACGCUGGUGACGGAGAGGAUUGUGCAGGGCCCAGCGGAGCUGUUGGACAGACAGACGGCCGCCCUGCUACUUGGUACAAUACUUCUGGAUUGUGUUAAUAUGACUCCAGAAGCUGGGAAAGUGACUCCCAAAGACACUCAGUACGUGGCCCUGUUGGAAUCCAAGUUCCCAGACCUCCCGGCGAGGAGCGUCCUGUUUGAGGCUCUGCAGACAGCCAAGUUCGAUGUGUCAGGGCUUACUACGGACCAGAUGCUGCGAAAGGACCUUAAGGCGCUGUCGAGCGACGGGCUCGUUCUGGCCAUCAGUGCUGUGUACGUGACGCUGGAGGCCUUCCUGCAGCGGCCUGGCUUGCAGCAGGACCUGUGCGCCUUCUGCCAGCGGUAUGGCUACGGCGGGUUGGUAGCCAUGACAAUAUCCUUCGACGAGCGGAACGAGCCAUUCCGGCAGCUCGCGGUGUACAGCCAGCACGCGGCGGUGCGCACAGCGGUAUGUGGCGUUCUGGAGCGUGCUAAUAACCCGCCCCUGGACCUCUCCCCUCUGGGGAGCCUCUACCCCAACCUCUGUGCCUACCACCAAGGCAACACAGUUGCAUCGCGUAAGAAAGUCCUCCCGAUCCUUAAAGACUUCCUAAGGGAGCGGGGCACAGCGGCUGGCACCAUGCAUCCCGCGGACAAAGAUUCCUGUAGCACGACGAGACCAGAGCCAAAAGACUCCUCUGCCGGUUGCGGUGAAAGCGACGAGAACCCGGAGGACUCGGAUGUGGCUGGCGAAGCGGGUGCCCUGGAGUACGAGCCAAGGGGCAGGAGAGAUCCAGGCAGGUGCCCGAGGCAUGGGGAUGCCUUGCUGGAGGACGAUGCCCCGUUGCCUCCCACCCCCAUGAACAGCCUGGUGGAUGAGUGCCCUCUGGACAGGGGGCUGCCCAAGCUGUCGGUGGAGGCGAUCUUCGAGAAGUUCAGCCACAUCACAGUGGUGCGCCCCUCUGCCAGCAGCAGCCCCGAGAAGAAAUGACACCGGGGCUGGUACCCGCUCGGGUUUCAGGGAAGCGAUUGCAAUCCUGGCGCUCUGGGAUUAGAUGCGUGGCCUCUUUCUGUGUGUGGAUGAAACACGUCCGUCUGUCUCACGGGGACGUGGACCCUGGCCUCUGCAAUAAAAGCCAGACACGGGCACUUUUGUCAGCAAUGCUCCGGAACCGACUUCCGGCCAGCUCCUCCUCCAGCGGGGAAUUUCAUGGGAAAGCCAAACCAAAACACCAGCAGCGUGGCACCCCCCCACUUUAGAGGCACCGAGGGGUUUGAUCCUGACCGGACUGUGCCCACAAGUACCACCUCCUUCUCUGUUACAGUGAUUUCUUUAAACCCUGCCCUGGCGCAGCCCCAGCUGCCUCUUGCGUCACCGUGCCCUAGGUCGUGAGCGGUUGUGCUGUGUUAUGCGGAAGAAUGCCCAGGUCCAGCAGCCCCUGAGUCCCAUUCCACGUUGUGUCCCCUUCCUGUGUGCGCCGGCUUACCCCUCGCAUCGUGGGAGGGGAGAUCUCGGCCCCACUCUUGUUCAACCCUGUGUGGAUUUGGCAGCGUCGUUUCCAUUCAGAAUCCCCCGUCGGGGAACAGCAAUAAAGGAGAGGAACUUCUCUCUCGUCUCCUCUCCUCCCGGCCCAUGUGACAGUCGGCCGUCGUGCCUCCUGUGAGCCAUUGGGUCUGCCAUGUACCUGCCGGCCUGCGCAGCACCGUGCGUAAAGGAAAACUCUUCCUUCCCACCGUCCCCAUUAUCUGUGGUCGUGAUUGUCCAGUCCCUUUGAAACCCUGGCUGGGCAGCUUUGGAAAGUGACCCCCGGGGCAGUGAAUUCCAGCCAGCUGUCCGGGGGUUGUGUGAAGGGGUUUCUAGUGAUUGGUUCCUAAAGCUCUGCCCUGGAAAGCGACCGUGAAAGGGAGCUGAGCCCAGGGCCAGGACAAACUGCUUUGAAGUCCUGUUAGCAAACCAGGGCCAGCCUGGCUCUGUGGGGAGGGGGCUGGGGUCUCUCCUCGUUAGCCCCAUGGGAACAGCCCGGCUCUGUGGGGAGGAGGCUGGGGUUUAUUCCUCCUUGUGCAUCAUGUAUGGAAUCAUUACUAAUUUCCAGUUACCGAUUUUAUAGGGCAUUUUUGUUGUCCCCCCGCCCCGCCCGCCCGGUGCACAAGAAGGAAGGCGCCUGGCUUGACUUUUGGAGCCCUGGCUGAGUUUGCAGGGCUCGCAAUGAGGAAAACCCUCCUCAGUGCUCGUGAAUUGGGCGUGUUUGCUUCUGAGUCACUGAGGGAAUAACCACAAAAUCCCAGCCUGCUGUCUUUACUGGCCUACUGGAGAGCUGAGCUACCUGUCCCUUGGCACGGUUCGACCUGCGGGUGGGGAAAUGGAUGGUACAGAAUGCCCCAGUGUGUCCGCCCCUGCUCCCGAGGGGACUGGCAGGGUGUCCCUGUGACCCACAGCAUAGUUCCCCUUUGAAAGUAGCAAUUAAUGAGGUACUUUUCAGGUGGCGACUAUUCAUUAGACUAUCAAAGGGGCCACACUAUCAGCUUGCCCUUAGCUCAGCCUCUUUUGGUGUGGGCUCACUUGAUUUCAGGCGCGGUUUCGUGUCUACAAUUCUGUGGGCUGGCAAUUCAGAGUGCUUGAGGCCUUGUCUACAUGGGAAAUUUGCACCAGUUCAAGUUAAAUUGGCUUUUUAACCAAUAUCGUUAAAUCAGUGCAAACCCCUGCGUGGGCUCUGAGGGGGGGAGGGGCUUAUUUCAGUUUAAUUUAAGCCAGUUCCCAAUUGGCUUCAGUUAAACAAAAUCAGCCACUCGUAACGGAAAUCAGUUUCCACGCGGGUUAUAGCUGUAUAUUGAUUUAAAUUCACACCAUGGAUUUAUGCCAGUGCAAAUGUCCCAUGUAGCCACGACCUUAAAUGAUUUAUGCUUGCCACCUAGCAGCUUCCGUUGUUCAGAGGGAUGGGUGUGAGAUUCCCCUUGUCCUCAGAGGGUAGGGGGUGGGAGAUGAGCUCUUUAGUUAAUCUGGCCCCAAAGGAACAUGUGAUCCCAUUUUAUUUAGGUAGCUACAUAGGAACGGAGUCCUCCGGCAAACUUGGCCCCAUGGUCCUGACUCUUGUCUGCAAAUCAGGAGUUCAAGCAGCAAAUUGACCGAAAUUGCAGGUUGGUACAAUUGAGCCUGCAAAAACCAGAAAAUCUGGCCUCGAAAUCUUUUCCAGGCUCCGUUCCUUGGAAGUGGCCCUUGUCCGCCGCCCUGCUGGGGCUUUCAUUGUUAAGGACGGACUUCCACCCUGGGGCGGUCGUUCUGGUGCACCUGGCACCCAGGAACUGGUCUUCUCCAGAAUUGUCAUUCUGGGCUCUCACAUGAUAAUUGUAAUGGGCCUGUGCCUCCUAGAAAGGCCUCAGGUACUGACACUGCAGGUUAGCAAGUAACCGCGUGUGCCCCCAAGCUGGGUCCACUCUGUGGGGCACUUGCAUGAAGGGGAAAAACUCCCUGACCCCAUAGUCUGACCCCCGUGUAACCCCAUUGUCUGCGGUGGCUGUGAAUAAGCCUGGGGUGCUAGAACCCCCAGGCGUGUUCCUCAGUGCGUCAUGAAUUCCCCUCCUCCCUUUCAUCUUGUGAAUCAUCUAACCACGGUACGUCUCUAUGGUACGUGCACCCUAGAGCACGUACCAUAGAGCCUCCUACGCUACUGUCUGUGUCUGUCCAUACGUCCCACAACCAAAGGCUCUAACAGGUGGGUCUGGGAGCUGCACUGAUGGACGACGUCGGCACCGGGAAAUGAAUGCUGUGUCUGAAUCCCUCUCGAUUUAGUAGCUAUAAUGCGGUCUGUCUACGAAAGCAACAUGCAUCCUUAUUCAUGGAGGACACCUCGAGAGGUUCAGGCUCCGAGGCUGUCAGUCCUACACCGUGCACCAGAAGUAAGACAGAACCAGGUAUGCAGGGUGUGAUCUCCCUCUUUGUGUGUAUUGUAGUGGUACGCAGGAGCCCCAGUCACAGACCAAGACCCCAUGGUGCUAGGUGACGUACAAACACAGAACAGGCAAUCUGUGCCCUAAAGAGCAGGGAGGCAGAAAGGCCCUGGAGGGUUUAAUGAAAGCUUUAGUAUCUGCCUGGUAGAGUUGGGGGUGACAUUACGUAGCCCUUUUCCAAGUUGUCUUUGCAACACUUCUCUGGGUGAGUGUGGUCAUUAUACCUGCUGUGCAGCUGGGGGAAACUGAGGCACAGCGGGGGAUGUGUCCUACCAUCAGCGAGUUGGUGUCCACUGGAGUAUGAUUUCAGGAGCUCCCAGCUCAGGCUGCCCCACAUGGUAAUCAAAGGAGCCAGGAUGCGUUUGCGAUCUGUGGGGCAAAGAAAAUCUGCUUUGGGGUGAGGGGUUGGGGAAGGGAGAUAUUGAACUUGUGGGGAGUGGGGUAGGAAAACUCUCAGUUCUAUCAGAGCUGGGGUUUAAUUCACCCUUGUGCAGGGAUAGGGGAGCAGCACAAAGCUUAAUGCAUCACAUAAGCCAGCAAAAUUGGCCUCCGUGCCCUGAUUUAGGAAAGCAUCCCUAUUCGGGAGAGGUGCUUAAAGUUAAACACGUGCUUAAGUGCUUUCCUGAGUCGGGGUUGGAUAGAUCUUUGGAGGGGAGGGGGUGUCAAUUUCACUCUGGAUGCAGGCUGCUGUUAAACUGGGUAUCAGCUGAAGUAACAUACAGUAUGUAAUAAAGGCAAAAGAAGAUGAGAAGCAGCUUUAUUUCAAUGGAGGGGACCGAGGCACAGUGAAGAGAAUGCGGUUUGCUUUUUCAUCCAGUGUAGCAUUGUGUAAAUCACAUUUUAGCAAGAGAACCAAUGAGCACCUCAGUUGUCACUGUGGGUCCGUAAGCCUUUCUGUUCCAUUCCCGGCAAGCCCCUCCGCAGCGGGGUGAGCGGCUGUUCUCAGCUGGCAGGGUUUCUGAUGGUAACGUUUUGUUUAGUCUUUUUUCUUUUCUUUUUUUUUUUUUUAAAGGAUUUGAUACGGUAAUUUCCCUUCCAACGCUUUUGGGGUGUUGUAUUUUUACGUAGGCCGCAGGUCUACUAAAAUGUGCUACGUUUCAAAAUUUAUUUCAAAAUUGUUGUAUGAAAAAAGAGAAAUAUUACGUAACCAAAGUUUUUUUUGUUUUUGUAAUUCUGAUGAUCUUGCAUUUUAAGGAUUAAAUUUGUGUGCUUUCCUGGC